CAACCCAGCCCGGUACCAGGGGUCACAGUGACACAGACUCCAUGCCCCCCUGAUUGGCCUGGACAGGGCCGCAGGGAAACUAGAUGAUGUCGGAGAGACCUAGGGGUGCACCCCAGGCACUGGGAGCAUUUUAAUAUACUCAGGCACUUCCUCUCCUCCGCCUGGCUGGGAGGCAUAGGAGCAAUUGCACCAGCAGCUACAAUCAGCCCUUGGAUCCCCAUGAGAGUUGCUCCCCAGAGCAUGCUGCCUCCUCUCUUCCUGCUCCGCCUCCUUGCCUGGACAGGGGCAGCCUCCCCACCAGUGCCUACAGGAUCUGGCAGCCUGCAUCUGCAGCAGACCAUCAUCUUCCAGGAACCUGGCAAGGCAGAAGUGUGGGGGCUGGCACUGGUGUGGGACGUGGAGACCCACACCCUGGACUGCGCUACCUGCCCCAUCCGCUUCCUCCAGCCCUGGGCCCAGAGCGCCAUCAGCCCUGAGCACUGGCAUGACCUGGAGCUGCUGAUCCACCUGUACCUGGCCAACUUCAUCCACCAGGUCAAUGUGUGGGUACAGCAGGAGGGCUUACGCUACCCCUUCGUGACCCAGUGCUCUGUGGGCUGUGAGCUCCUGCCCAGCGGUGCAUCACGGGGGGCUUACAACGCCAGCCUCGGGGGUGAGGACCUGGUUAGCUUCUCCUCAGGCAAGUGGGUAGCUCAGCGGCAGGACAAGCUGGCGCUUCAUGUGCGGGACAGCCUGAACCGUGACAAGGGCACAGCUGACACACUGGAAAACUUACUCAACCCCCUGCAGAUUCUGCUCCGCAAUGGGAAGGAGGUGCUGGAGAGGCAGGAACGCCCGGUGGCCGUGGUGUUUGCCCAGCAGCCUCCUGUUGCCUCAGAGCUCCCACUGCUGCUGGUUUGCCGGGUCACUGGCUUCUACCCACGUCUCAUCCAUGUGGCCUGGCUACGGGAUGGUGAGGAGUUGCCUCCAGGCCUGGGGAUCAACUCCACUGGCCUCCUACCCAACACAGACCUGACCUACCAGCUGCGCGUUGUCCUGGCCGUGGACCCAGGUGCUGGGCACCGCUAUGCCUGUCAUGUGGAGCACAGCAGCCUGGGGGGCCACAGCCUCGUCAUACCCUGGGAAAGCAGAAGCCCCUGGAAAACCAAAGUGACAGUGGGAAUCUUGGUGACACUUCUCAUCGUGGUCAUGCUGGUGGUAGCCAUGGCAUACUUGCAGUGGAGACGCAGGAGGUACCAGGACAUAAGCUGACCCAGGAUGACGUGACUUGUCUCCAGGUCUUUGGCUGAGGCUCUGCCAGCAAUGUGAAGAUGAGAUGGAGAGUCCACGAAAGGAGAAAAGAAAGGAGUCUCUCCUUUCUCCAAUGGCCAUUUCAUGUGUGUUAUAAAGCAGUGGAUAGCUUCCCUUGGCACUGUUUCAUGACCCAGAGGCCCCACAAACACACACCGGCAGUGCAGAAACUCGGUCUCCCAUAAAAUAAAACCAUAAAAUAAACCCCCAGAA